AUAAAUUUAGUUAUUGCUUAUAAUAAUUUAUACAUAGUGGUAUAAUUGUAAAAUUUUUAUAAAAUUAGAUUCAAGAUUUACCGGGCUACUGUAGAGCAAGAUGUCGGACGAUGUAAAGGUUUUGCUGAAGGAAGCUCGUGAAUCCUUCAAGCAGAAUGAAUAUUUGGAAACUAUGAAGAAAUGCAAAAAAAUCUUGAAGAAAGACAAAAGCAAUUAUACAGCAUUAGUUCUAUUAGCUCGUGCCAUGCAGGAGAUCGAAGAAUUUAAAUCACAGGUUACCUUGGUUCUUCAAAAAGCAACUGAAAUACAACCAGAUAAUCCAUUAGCCUGGCAAGGUUUAGUGGCACAUUAUGAAAAAGUGUCACAGAAUAAUGAGGAUUGGGAAAAGUUGGCUAUAGCUUAUUGCAAACUUUUGAAGUUAGAUAGCGAUACUCCUAAGUUUACACAUUUUGUAAAUAAAGUCUCUGAGGUUGUGUUGAGGAUCAAGAACGAUGAAGUACUGACUGAAGCAUUGAACACAUUGAGCAUGUUGCGAGAAGUUUCUACCAAAGAGAAGACAAGUUUAAUUGAUAAGACUCUGGCCUGGGUUUUAACAGAAUAUCCUAAGAAUAAUAUACAAAAGUAUCAGGAGCUCUAUGAGAGUGUAUUAGCAUCUGUAAUAAAAGAUACAGAUCUGUUGAACAGACAAGAUUAUUAUAGGAAGUAUUUAAAGAUAUUAUAUGAUUUCAAAAAGUUCAAUGUUUUAUUAAUAGCAGCCCAGGACAUGUACACUCAAUUUCAACAAGAUGCUUGUUCUUUAGAAUGGAUAUGCCGGAUCUAUUAUGAAGAAAUGAUACUGAAUGGAACAAAAUUUGAAAUCAAUAUAAUUCAGUUUUAUGAGGAUCUUUUAAAGUUGAAUGCAAAUUCUGACAUUGCACUGAUUGCAAAGGCAACAUAUUUAGAGAGUACAGAUAAGAUUAUCAAUUCCCGUGAGUGUCUGAAUCAAGCAAUCUUGUUGAAUGCAAGAUCCUUCUAUGCUUGGUUGAUGUUGAGUCGGGUGCAGUAUAAACUCUACUGCUGGGAAGAAGCUGAGAAUGCUUCUAAACAAGCGUUACAUUUGAUAAAACCCAAUUUAAAGGACAAACUACAGUAUGAUAUUGAAUUGAGAUUACUUGAUGCAAUGAGUAGGAGCAGCAAUGAACAAAAGCUGAUACAAGCGCGGCAGAGGUGUGAAGAGUUGAUGGAGAGUCAAUUUUCCGCACAAUUGCAAUUGAUAUAUGCACGAAUAAAUAUAUUGCUGGACAAUACCUAUGCUGUCGCGUUAGAUAAUAUGAAGGAUCAGGACGCAAGUAAAAUCCAAUUCCUCAAAGCGUUGCAUUUGAAGAAACGAAAGCAAUACGAGGAAGCUAUUAACACCAUCGAGCUAGCGUUGGAUAAUUCUGAAGCCUGGUUGCUGUUUGGUAAAAUAUAUUGGGACAUGGAAGACUACAACCACAGUCUGAUAGCUUUCUUGAACGGCGUCCAGGCGGAUAGCAAUAAUUGGGAGUGCCUGGUUUAUCUGGGACAUUAUUAUCGCGAACAUGGUAACGAUAUAGAUCGUUCGAGAAGAUGUUAUCACGCUGCAUUGCAAAUUAAUCCGUUUUCCGAGGAAGCUGGUGUCGGACUAAGCACAACUUAUCGACUUCUUAAAAACACCGAUGCUAACAUACAGCUGUUGCAAAAACUAACCAUGCAAGAUAAUGGGCCGAAAUGGGCUUGGCUCCAAUUAGGUCUGCAGUACUUGGAUCAAGGUGACGCCGCAGAAGCCAUCAAAGCGUUGCAGCAUGUGAUCAGGGCUGAUCCUAACGACAAUCACAGCUGGGAAUCUCUGGCGGAUGCAUAUUUAAUACGCGGCGCUCAUACAUCAGCAUUGAAAUCGUAUCAACGCGCGCUACAGCUGAAACCAGGAUCCUUGUAUCCCUUGAUACAACUUGCAAACAUCAAAGUGCUGAUUGGCCAGUACAACGAAGCCAAAGAAGAUUUCGAGAAUAUAUUAGAAAAUGAUAAACAAUACAUUCUCGCAUUAAAGGGCUUAGCUGAAGCGUGUUUGGGUCUGGCGAGGGAAAAUAUCACAAAACAAUUUCUGUGCCGUGCGAGAGAAAAUCUACAGCAAGCAGUAGAUAGCCUAACUGAUGCUGUUAUGAUGCGCAGUGAUCUGUCUUGCAAUUGGAAAUUGCUCGGCGAUGUGUGCUAUAGGAUAGUCACUCUGCCUGAAAAAUAUUGCUACAUAAGAGUUAAGCCUAUUUUAAUGAAUUACGAUAGCACUGAGCACUAUGUAAAGGUUAAAAGAGACGAGAUACUCACGUUGUCAAUAAGAUGUUUCUGCCGGACGUUGUCUAUCACGCAAAAUUCUGCUUUGCUGUGGCACGAUUUAGCGUGUUGUUAUUCAAUGCAAUUGGAACGUGAUUCUAAAAUCAAUAAGAAUGACGUGGCAGCCAAGUGCUUUGCUGCUGCAAAGCACGCCAUUAAACUUUGCCCACAAUCAUGGCAACAUUGGAACCUUCUGGGUGUUAUUUGUACAUCGCCGUACAUAAAAAAUUACGCGCUUGCUCAGCAUUGUUUCAUUAUGGCGAUUGACAGAGAAUCGAAUAAUGCGAUAGCAUGGAGCAAUCUGGGGACGUUAUACUUGCAUCUAGGAGAUAUCUACAGAGCGAAUGAAGCAUUUUCUCGAGCCCAACGCGCGGAUCCUAGCUAUAUCAACAGCUGGAUCGGUCAAGGAUUAAUUGCGGAGAAGUCCUCGAGGAAGGAAGCGAUGGACCUGUUCCGGCAUUCGACACAACUAGGCUACCACGAUCAAGCGGCUCUAGGCUAUGCUCACUGGGUGCUUACUACUCUCCUGAAUCCCACAAUGAAGAAAGAUCCGUUGUUCAUUUAUGUUAUCAAGAACAUGCACGCGAUACCCGCAGCAGCGGAUGUUCUCACUUGGUAUACAGAACGCGAACCAACCGAUGUUUGUGCUCUGAACACCCACGGUUUAUUGUUGGAACGAUUAAAAUUGUAUAACACGGCGGCUAAGCAACUCGUCACGGCUUUAGAACUGAGCCAGGGCGAAGAGAGGGAUAUGAUAUCUAUAAACUUGGCACGUGUCCUGAUUAAAAUAGGAAGAUACGAAGAAGCAGUGGAAUUGUGCAGACAAGUGAAAAAUGCAAGUUUCAACUCUCAAUGCCACUUAGCAUUAAGCUUAUUCAAAGCCAAACAAUACGAAGAAUCGUACAACACGUACGAAGCAGCUCUACACUGGUUGGCGGACACCGAAACGCGCAAAGCGAAUGUCUUGUGCGCGAUGGCCGCGAUUGCUUACAUCUUCCAAGGGGCAGACGCUGUUAAGACCCUGCUGUUCCAGUGUAUACAAAUAGAACCGCCUACCAUAGCCGGCUUGUUGGCGACCGCUGCAUUAGGAAUUUUGCAUGACGAUUCCAAUCUGACCUCUUUGGUGCUGAAGGAAUUGAAACCGUAUGAAGAUAAUCACGAGUAUGGCCACCAUGCCGUCACAUUGUCCGCGUAUCAUCACGUUAUUCAGGGAAAUCUCACCGAAGCCAUACGAAUUUUAAGCAAAGCUAUUUUCAAACAUCCCAAUGAUAUUAGAUAUUGGGUGCGCCUUGUUAGAGUUUCGCUAUUGGACACAAGCCUGGAUCUCUUCCGUAGAUGUGCUCAAAUAGCACUGGUUCUAAGCAGGAAUACGUCCAUGACUGACAUUGUAUAUGUCGCUUGCGCAUCGGCGUACAGUCACUUCGGCACGAAAGAAGGCCUCCGGCAGGCUCAGAAAAAUAUAUUUACAUAUCCCACUAAUGUUGAGAGCUGGGCUAAUUUUAUUGCCGCACUUGUGCCCAGAUGCGAAGAUGGGGAUUCAAAGAUCAAUCAUCAAUGGGUAUCGUCGUUAAUAUCGAUAGUGAAAUCGCAAUUCCAAACUUCUGAAUAUAUGUCACAAUGGCUGCUUCGCAACGAAAAAAAAAUUAAUAGUUCUUAAAUUAAUAAAACUUUGCAGCAUGUGAAUUAGGUAUACUAAUUUAUUGUAAUUUAUUCGAAAAAUAUGUGACAUUUAAUAUGUAUUACAAAAAGUAACAAAUGUAAAUUAA